AUCGCUUUGUCUACACGACUGUCCCCGAGACAUCGCAAAACCGACAUCAAAUCCUACACACUCGACCUCGCCUCCACCUCCCAAAUCUACACCAUGAGUUUCCCAAACAUGACCCCGCCGAUGGGCGGCAUGGGAGGAGGACCCAACAUGCAAGGAAUGAGCGACCAGGAACAGAUGAUGGUCAAGGGCAUGCACGCCGCAAUGGAAUCCUGCCCAUUCAAAACCGUCAUGUCCGGCGGCAUGGGCUUCGCCCUCGGUGGUGUCUUCGGUCUCUUCAUGGCCAGUAUGUCCUACGACUCCCCCCUAACCCCCCAAGGCCGCCAAAUUGCCGACCUCCCCUGGCGCCAACAACUCCGCCACGGCUUCAAAGACAUGGGAGCGCGCUCCUGGUCGUCCGCCAAGAACUUCGGCAUCGUGGGAGCCUUGUACUCGGGCACCGAGUGCUGUAUUGAGGGGUUGCGGGCGAAGAACGAUCUUACGAACAGUGUCAGCGCGGGGUGUGUUACUGGUGGUAUACUGGGUGCGAAGGCUGGGCCGCAGGCGGCGGCUUGGGGGUGUGCAGGUUUUGCGGCGUUUAGUGCGGCGAUUGAUGCUUAUAUGCGGAUGCCGGGGGAUGAGGAGUAACUCUUUUGAGUUAAGUCGGGUUGGCUGUGGGUUGGAAAUACAUGGGACGGCGUUUGUUGGUUAGCAUUAUGGCGUUUUGGUGUUUCUUUUGUGUGGGCUAUUGAUGUGGCCUGCAAAAGUCGUUGUUCUGCUGUGCACAUAGACUUGCAAUCUCGCAACUCUGCUGUAUAAUAUUAACGCUGUAUAGAUACAUACAUGGAUGAUAAAUGGACAUUAGACAUUCUCCUGC